CCGGCUAUUUUUCUGCCAGUGUAGUCGUGAACAGUGAAUUCAAUUACACACCAGAUGGAACUUGACAUUCAACGGAGCACACCACCGGUCUCGUGUCCGUAUUCUCUCAUUUGCAGUUGUACCGAGUGAAACACCACGAUCAACAGGAUCGCUUCAAACUUUUACAAUUAAAAAAACCAACCAACCAACAAUCAACAUGACGUCUUUGCUGCAAAACAUCAACGAUGAGGUACUCCGUACGUACAUCUUUUGGGUGGCUGUAUUGGUGGUGAAGAUGCUCGCCAUGUCCUUACUGACUGGCAGACAGCGGUUCCGCAAGAAGGUGUUUGCUAAUCCGGAAGAUCUUCCACCAGCGAAGAAGGGUGCUACGCCCAAGUUUGACGAUCCGGAUGUGGAGCGUGUCCGUCGGGCCCAUCGUAACGAUUUGGAAAACAUUCUACCUUUCUUCACCGUCGGUCUACUGUAUAUGCUGACCAACCCGGAACCGUUCAUCGCAAUUAAUCUGUUCCGUGCGGUCGCUGUUGCCCGUAUUCUGCACACGAUCGUGUAUGCCGUAGUGGUUAUCCCCCAACCGGCCCGUGGUCUUUCGUGGGGUGUUGCAUACGCAGCAACCGCUUACAUGGCAGUUAAGACAGCACUAUUUUUCCUUUAAGAGUAUUCCGUUUGAGGUGAUAGAUAGUGUUUUCUUUUUCCGGUACAACAAAGCACAACACAUCGUUUCUAACAUCACCAGUGCGAUUUGUCUUUCCCACAAAUAAAUCUUUCGAGAAAAUC